AUGACUAAUUCAGAGGAGCGACUGACGCCAUCUCAGUUGAACGCAUCGCUGACGUUUGCGCGAGGAGCGGUGCAAGCCUCGCUAUCACGUGCUGCCGUUGAUUGGAUGGUAAACACAAUAGAUCUCAGCAAAACAUUCGAACAGCUUGAUCGCCAAGUUGUCGGUGUUGAUGAGGUUCUCAUUCCGUCGCUGCAAGUGAGCGAUAGUCUCAAUAUGCCCGGAAGAUUCACUGGGGAUUGUGUGAAAAAUGGAAAAAUGACUGGUUUCAUAACAAGACUUCAGCUGGAGGGGACUCCAGCUCAGACUCAGAUGUGGAACGACCAUCUCAGAAACCGCGAUCGUUGUCUAGCAUCAACGUGUCAGAAAGUCUCGGAACUAGCUCUUGCGGUAUCAUCAUCCGCUGGUGGAGAUUUGCCGAAAAUCACCUCCAAGUACAUGGGGUCCCGCGUUCAAGGCAGAGCGGGCUAG